GGAUGCCUCAACUUCCUGUUCAUUAUCUCACUUUUUUUUUCCCUAACAUAUGGAAAUGACCAAAUGUGAAAUGUAUAAUUUAGAAUUCCCUAAAUCAGUGAAACUGUAGAGGAGGAGUAUUAGCUUCUAGCUGUGAUCACUACCCAUUGCACACUUAUUUCACACAUUAUGGCAGUUAUUUUACUAUUCCUCUUAGCUAUUACAAUUAAAUUGUCAUCGCAAUGUUUUGUAUCAGAUAAUAUUGAAUGCUCUUGUUUAAAUGAUUCAGUUACAUGCUCUGGCAUUCAAAAAGAAACUUCAGAAUUACAAUCAUUGCUUUAUAAUAUUUCUUUGGCAUACUCUGGGCAAUUGGAAACUCUUAUGCUGUCUAUAGAAAAUUUAACAGAGUCUGAACUUAUAUUUAUUAAUGUUAGCAUUACAAAUUUAACUUUGGGUUACGGGCUAAGGUAUUUGCGUAGUGACCUUUUUCAUGGUUUAGAAUCCUCAUUGAUUAGUUUAAAUCUGGAACAUAACAACAUUGAGAGUGUCGAUAAUAAACCUUUCUUUUUUCUGAAUAACUUAACUAAACUUAUUUUAGACUUCAAUGAACUUUCUGAAAUAGAAGUCGAUGCUUUUGCUAAUCUAGAUAAACUAGAAUAUUUGAGUAUUUCUGGUAACCAGUUGAGUGGACUUCAUGAAAAUGUGCUGCAGAAUUUGUCCUCUUUGGAGACUUUAAUCUUGAAUGAUAACAACAUUUCUUCUUUUAAUAAUAUGAGUAUUGAAUCUCUUUUUUUGAAAACAUUAUUUAUGCGGAAUUCUUCCAUCUAUGGAGUCUUAGACACAUAUUCAUUAUUUGGAGUUCCAAAGUUAGAAAAUCUAGAUCUUAGUUUUAAUAGAAUUAAAUUUGUGAAUUCUUUUGCUUUGUCUGCCCUUGAUAAUUUAAAAGUAUUAAACUUAAGUUACAAUAUUAUAGAACGUCUUGAAGAGAAUGCUUUUUUCAAUUUAAGUAACUUAAUAAAUUUAGACUUAAAAUACAACAAAAUAAAAGUAGUUAAGCCUGGAGCAUUUUUAAACCUUAAGAAGUUACAAAUUUUAGAUUUAAGUGGCAAUUUGAUAGCUGCCAUGGUAUGUGAAUAUACAGUUCAUAUGGUGUCAGUAAAAAUAGUACAUCUGGAGAAUAAUCUUAUAAAAACUAUAAUUCCUGGCACAUUUGCUUACAGUCCGGAUCUGGAACAACUCCAUUUACAAGGUAAUGUUUUAGAAUGCUCAUGUGAUGUACAUGUUUUUGCAUUGUAUAUCCAGAAAAAUUCUUCUGUCAGUGAAGAAGAUGUCCAUUCUAUCACAUGUACAUCUCCGUAUAAUGAUACAGUUCUGGCAGUAGAAUAUGAUGCCAUGGGGCCAUGUGAACACCCAGAGUUCUGUGAAGAUCAGAUUUGGAAUGAAGAAGAAGAUGACGAUUAUGAUGGUACUGACAACAAAUUGCUAAAUGAUACUGAAGUUCCUUCAAAUGCUUCAAUAAAUUUAUUAGAUACAGGAUUGCAUGAGAAAAAUGAAUCUGUGUCAGAUUUUAAUUCAUCUCAUUCUUCUUCAAGUGCAAUAUAUCAUGUUGGAAAUGGAAGUACUUAUAUUGAAAAUAAUACUGCAACUUCAUAUUUAAAUACAGAAACUCCUUCACCUUUAACUGAAUCCUCUGACUCAUCAAAUUUUGAGCAAAUUAAUAGCACUGCUGUUUCUGUAAACACUGAACCUAUUGUGAUGAAGACUGCAGAAUCAAACGUAACAGAUUCAUCUUCGUCAUUACAUGAUAGUUCUGGCCAAUUUAAUAGCACUACUGUUUCUGUUAACACAGAGCCCAUUGUGAUGAAGACUGCAGAAUCAAAUGUAACAGAUUCAUCUUUGUCAGUAGCUAAUAGUUCUGGUCAAUUUAAUAGCACUACUGUUUCUGCGAACACAGGAUCUAUUAUGAUGAAGACUGCAAAAUCAAAUGUAACAGAUUCAUCUUUGACAUUAGAUGAUAGUUCUGACCAAUUUAAUGGAACUGUUGCUUUAACAGACAUUAAAUCUAUUGUGAUGAAGACUACAGAAUCAAAUAUUUUUGGCUCUACAAAUGCAACAGACUCAUCUCUGUCACCAUAUAACAGUUUUAAAAAACUUAACAGCACUACUACUUCAGUGAUGGUGAGUGAAGAACUGAAUGUUUCAAGUUCUGUGAAUACAACCGAUUCAUAUGUGUCAUCAAAUGGUAGUUUCGAUCAAGUUAACACCACUACUGUUUCAACAUACACAAAGCCCAUUGUAACAGAGAGUUCAGAAUCAAAGAGUUUAAUGUCUGUGACUGAAUCAUUUAUAUCAUCAAAUGACAGUAUAAGCUCAACUAUUUUUUCUUCUGUUGCUACUGAGAAUAUAGCAGAGCAUACUGAAGUUGUCAUAAAAAAGAGUACAGAAUCAUAUGAAUCAAGUUCUGUAAAUACAGUAGCAUCAAUUUCUUUAUCAAAAAGCAGCUUAGCUACUUCCACUACUGACGAUUCAAAAAUAAUAAUAAAGCUUUUAAAUUCCACACAUGAAAACAAGCUGUUUUGCUUCAAAUGGAAUGUAGAAGGAAAACUGCCUGAUGAAAUCACAUGCAGUGUUCGCUAUACUAAUGAUGUUAAAGCUAAGGCAACACGUAUUAUUUGUUCUGAAGCCAAAAAAGAACUGCAGAAGUGCUUGAAAGUUGAUGAAUUGUAUGAGAUUUGCUUAAUAAUACGUGGUGGUGAUAGUAAAAUGGUAGGUAAACAUUGUGAGAAUAUGUCUGGAACUCUAAGUUUUGGAAGCACAGAAAUUUCAGAUAGCACACCAUCUGUAUCUGGCAGAAAAGCCUCUACUUCAGAGAUGUACAUAACAGGAAAAAGAACUCAUUCAACAUUAAAAAUUGCAUCCACAGCAUUAAAAUCUACAUAUACUUUGCCUCCAAAAGUGUCAUCACCAGGGAAAAACUUUUCACCCCCUUUCAGCAUAGCAGCAUUUGAUGUUUACUUUGAUCAUUCUGAUAUUAUAGUUGUAGUUUGGGAGGUGAGUAAAUACGUACCAAAAACUUUAUGUACCUUAAUAUUGAAAGUUGAAUCCCAGUAUUUCAAUUACACAAAAAUCGAUUUGCCGUGUGAAAAUAAUUCAUAUAAAGUUCAACAUGCGAAAGAUCAUGGAUUAUACCAAAUCUGCCUGGGAAGUUCUCAUAAAACAGAGGAAAAUAUGACCAUAUGUAAGCAACCAUUAGCUCAUUUUGAUGAAUUUGAGGCAUCUGAAAAUAAAGUGUCUGGAUUCCAAAACUCUUCUGUAAUAGCUUUGCUAUGUUUGUUAGCUUUGGUUUUGUUGAUAAUAAUGCUGAUUAUAUUUAAAAACUUUUACAAGGGUUUUGAAUCAGAAAAAUAUGAUGUGUCUGCUGAAGAAGAAAAAGUGCAAAAAAGGCUUUCAUUGUCUACAUCACAGGAAGCUUCCGUACGUUAUUCUUAUAUUACCAAAGAACAAAUAAUCUGAAUUAAUUUUUCAUCUUCCAACAAGACUUGCAAACAAACAAACAAAAACCUCCAAAAAAUUGAGUGUAUUUAUUUUGAAUUUUAUGUGAAAAAUAUAUUAUUUUCUUUUUUGUAAAUUAAUUUUACUAUUCUGUUGAGGUAAAGGAUUUUAAUUUUAUGAAUACUGUAUUUUUUUUUUUUUUUUUUUUUAUUUUUUAACUGCUUCAUAAUGGUUAUAAGUAUGUUAAUGUUUUCAGACUCUUCAUUUUUCCUUCAGUGUUAUGAUAAUUUCCUUUUAAUUAGAUGCAAUAUUUAGUAUAAAAUUUGGCAUGUUUUCAUUUGGAAAUAUUUGCUUCUGGCUUAUAUAUACUUUUCCAUGGAUGAAUUUAUUUUUGCUGCAUGUUGAUAAAUCUAAGCUUCAGAAUAACAUCAAGUAAUUACAGUACAAACCCCAAGAUUCAGAAUCACCAGGACUUCAACAAUUCUGGAUUUUGGAAAUUUUCAUAUUUUAGAGCAUCAGUUUAAAUCUGGUAAAAUUAUGUGUAGAUAUUAUAAAAUUAAAAAUAUGAGAGAUUAUCAAUGGAGUAAUGAAGCAUUUGUGAUUUCAAGGGAACCAAAAUUUACCCCCCCCCCCAAAAAAAA